AUGACGGUGGUGGCCCUGCUUGGCCAUGGUGCUGCUCGGAGGGGGAGGGAGGAGGGAGGAAGAGAUUGGAAGGAGCUCGGAGGGCUGGGACGCUGCCCCGAGUUUUAUGGGGAGAGGAUGCCAGAGCUGCGAAGCAGUACUCGUCAAGCGCGCCUGAGGUCUAAGAAGCUCGACGAUCUGCAGCCAGGAGAGCCGCCUGCGAAACCGGUGCCACCUGCUCCGCAGAGGGCAGCAAAGCGUGCUCCUACACGUGCUGCUAGGGGCAGAAAGGGUGCCGCUGGGAGAGGAGCGCCUCCCGCACCGAAUCCUAGAAGAAAGGGGGUUGAGAUUGCCGACUUAGAAGCUGAUCCAGCUUGUGAAGACCCCUCUAAAGCUGCCAAGGGACUGAAAGUUGCUGCUGUUGCUGCACCCAAGAACCUUCCCUCGAAGAAGGUACCCGAGGUUGGUGUUCCGAAAAUGGAUGGUGAAAGUGUGGAGAAGAUUGUUGGGGCUGAAGAUGAAUCGACAGCUACACCUGUCCCAGAGAGGGUUCAAGUAGGUAAUUCUCCAGAGUACAUAACUGACAGGAAGUUAGGUAAAGGCGGUUUUGGUCAGGUCUAUGUUGGCCGAAGGGUUUCUGGUGGAAAUGCUCGCACUGGUCCUGAUGCAUAUGAGGUAAUGGAUAUGCUUGGUCCCAGCCUUUGGGAUGUGUGGAAUUCAAUGGGGCAGACGAUGUCUGCAAAUAUGGCUGCUUGCAUUGCUGUAGAGGGCAUAUCGAUUCUUGAGAAGCUCCAUUCUAAAGGGUUUGUGCAUGGUGAUGUGAAACCAGAGAAUUUUCUGCUUGGUCAGCCUGGAUCUGCUGAUGAUAAGAAGCUUUACCUUAUAGAUCUUGGUUUAGCAUCCAAGUGGAGAGAGAAUAAUGGUCAUCAUGUUGAUUAUGAUCAAUGGCCUGAUAUCUUUAGGGGAACAAUUAGAUAUGCGAGUGUCCAUGCUCAUUUGGGGCGCACCGGUAGUAGGAGGGAUGAUUUAGAGUCACUGGCAUACACCCUUAUUUUCCUGAUAAGAGGAAGAUUGCCUUGGCAAGGUUAUCAGCACCCGCCUCGAGACCAAUCAGAAUUGAUGGGGCUCUCAAGGUACCAUUACAAUGUGGCUGACUCAAGGCUAAGUCAACACAUAGAAAAGGGCAAUGAUGAUGGGCUUUACAUUAGUUGUGUGGCUUCCUCGGCAAACCUUUGGGCACUCAUCAUGGAUGCAGGAACUGGUUUCUGUUCUCAAGUUUAUGAGCUCUCACCAGUUUUUCUCCACAAGGACUGGAUAAUGGAACAGUGGGAGAAAAGUUACUACAUAACAGCAAUUGCUGGAUCAACCAAUGGGAGUUCAUUGGUUGUCAUGUCCAAAGGAACUCCUUACACUCAGCAAUCAUACAAGGUUAGCGAAUCAUUCCCUUACAAGUGGAUCAAUAAGAAGUGGAAAGAAGGGUUUCAUGUAACAUCUAUGGCCACUGCUGGAAAUCGCUGGGGCGUAGUCAUGUCAAGGAACUCAGGGUUUUCCACUCAGGUUGUAGAGUUGGAUUUCCUGUACCCUAGUGAAGGCAUCCAUCGGCGAUGGGAGAAGUGGUUACAGGAUAACUUCCACAGCGGCCACCAAUGA